GAAUGAACCCUAAGCCACUAAUCGAGACUCUGAGUGCAACCACCCCCCUCCCGGUUACCCCAGCCAGCCUCGUCUCUCUGCUCUCUCGAGCUCGGCGUCGGCAGCCCCUCAACCUCACCUCGUCACUCUCUCGUCUCUCCCCUCACCUCAUCAGUCGUCAGUUCGUCACUCUCAAUCUCUGGGUCUUUCACCUCGUCGCUCUCUCGGUCUCUCACCGUGCCCCUGCGUUCGCUUCGUCGGAACCAGUGAAGCAGCAUCUGCUCCCUCGGGUGGUGGUGGUGGUCGUCUUCUCAACCAGGUGCAAGUUUUCAGGCCCAAUUUGAAUUCCUAUAACUAUGAAUAUUGAUUUUUUCAAGCGUGACAUUGAUGAACUAAUUGGUGAAUUCACUCAGAAUGAGUCAACUACUUUGGCUGAUAUGAAGAGAGUAUGGCUUUCUAAGAAGUUCUCCUACAUUUAUGAAUCUAGUCCUGCUAGCAACCUUGCCUUCUUCAUGCAAUCUCUGUAUGCUCAAUGUAUAGGUUACAUGUGUGGUACCGCUUCUUUAUCACAAAGAUUGGGCGGCCUUUAUUGCCUCUACUGUCUUUAUGAGACUCAACCAUUUAAACCUCCUUUCAAAGUCUAUCUAUCGCUUGGAGAGGUAAAGAAACUCAGAACCCUUGUGGUGGAUGCAAAAGCAAACGAUAUUAAAGUGGUACCUCCUUUGGUAAAAAGAAUGUUGGGUAGAAACAUGUUCCUUUUUGGUGCUGUUGACUUAACGGAGGAUUCCGUCAGAGAGACAGUUAACGAACUACAACAAUUGCAGAAUGCUCGUAUCAAACUUGCAUAUGAAAAAUUAUUUCAUAGCACACCAAUUGACAACUAUGUUCACAUGGACCUUGGCAUGGAAGUUGACCUUGGAAAGCUGCAGAAAAUGUCAUCCGAAUAUGCCCAGGCCAAGAAUGUAGCCAUUGCAGAAGCAAGUAAUGUUUUAGAUGUUACAAACAUAAAGCACCUAUCAGAAGAUAAGGAACUGAUAGGAGAUGUUGUGAAAAAGAUCACUGACGACUGGAACGAACAGAAAGAAAAUUUUUAUAAACAAACUGGAUGCGGAGAGGAUGAAAUGGAUGACCGGGAGCUGCAACAACUACUUCUGGACGACAUCGAGGAUAAUGAAGAUUGAACUAUUGAAGGCAAACAUUUGAGCUGGAGUUCCUGAAUAAUAUGUGGAAUUCAUGUUUUACAGGGGAAUUAUGGCCUUAUAGGCCCUUUUGUUUUUUCUUCAUUUGAGCUGCAAAGGGCAUAGGGGUAUAAUUUACAGGAAAAGUUCACCAUAAUAUACAUAUAUGUGUAAAUAUUAGCAUGAGGAUGUGUCAAAAUUUCUGAAAUUUGAGAGCCAAAAAGGAAAAUAUGAAGUGUGUUUACCUUUAAAUAUUUCAGUUAAAAAAAAUAGACAUAAA